AUGAGUUCCAUUCCUCCCACGCUAUCCACCGCGAUAGCCGUUGCUGCAUGGGUCUUGGUCGACGAUGACUUGCUCCAACAGCAGCAAGAAGCCUACAAGAUUCAGGGGGUGGACGAAAAUGAAGAAAUCACAGCGCAACAAUUGAGAAAGAAGCGGAAGCAGCAGGCCGGCGGAGAUGAGAAUACUGGUCAAAAGCCGAAGAAACAACGAGUCAACACCGCCGUGUUCGUUACAUCUAUUCCCCUGGACGCCGAGUUCGAUGAGAUCCGUGACGUCUUCUCCAAGUGUGGUGUCAUCGCCGAGGAGAUAGACAGUGGCCGGCCCCGAAUUAAGAUGUAUAUGGAUGACAAUGGCAAAUUCAAGGGCGAAGCUUUGAUCGUGUAUUUCCGGCCGGAGUCUGUCAACCUCGCCAUACAGAUGCUGGACGACUCAGAUUUUAGGUUAGGGGUGACAGGCCCGCAGGGACCGAUGAAGGUCCAGGCUGCGGAUUUCUCGUUCAAGAGCCAACAAGAGGCACCAGCAAAGACCAGCAUGAGGGAUAAGAAGAAGAUCAUCAAGAGGACUCAAAAGCUCAAUAGCAAACUCGCUGAUUGGAGUGACGACGAGCCAUCAGCGAUGACGGACACGAGCUCUAGAUUUGAGAAGGUUGUCAUACUCAAACACAUGUUUACUCUGAAGGAGAUCGAGGAGGACCCAGCAGCGAUCCUCGACAUCAAGGAAGACAUUCGGGAGGAGUGCUCCAAGUUAGGCGAGGUUACGAAUGUCGUUUUGUAUGACAGAGAACCCGACGGAGUUGUCAGCGUUCGUUUCAUCGACCCUGAAGCCGCCAGACAAUGUGUAAGAGUCAUGGAUGGCCGCUUUUUCGCCGGCACACGCGUCGAUGCCUACAUUUCAGAUGGGAAAGAGAAGUUCAGAAAGAGCAACGAGAAGCGGGCAGCUCUGGAGGAUAUGGCGGAGAGAGGUCUUGACGCCGAAGACGAGGAAGAGAACGCACGGUUGGACGAAUUUGGGACUUGGCUGGAAAGCUCCCGUGUGGUGGAAAAUUCUGCCAAGUAG